AUGCUGAAGCUCGUGCUUCAUAAAGCCAUGAAGCCUAAUGAGAAGACACAAUUAUCAACGUUAUAUGAUAGGAUCGAGUCACAUCUGAGGACGCUCGAGACGCUCGACGUUACGACCGAUAAGUGCGCGGCCAUGUUGUUCCCUCUGGUGGAAUCUUCUUUACCAGAGGAUUUGUUGCGCGCAUGGCAGCAAAGUAGUUCUGGAUCGCAUAUUACCGAUGUUCCGAAGGAUAGAUUGACUCUCCUGAUUGAGUUUCUUCGAGUGGAGAACGAAGAAAGAAUUUCGAUGGCUGUCAGAGGUUUUGGUCUAAAAUCCGAGAAUGAUAAAGGCAAAAAAUCAAAAGUACGCGCUAAUAACGAUAAAGACAUUCCAAGUGCCGCGAGUCUACUUACGACGGGAGCAAACAAAAACGUUACAUGCAUAUUUUGUGGUGCUCAACAUGAGAGUGCUAAUUGUGAGAAGGCACGAAGAAUGAAUAUAGAAGACCGACGGGAAGUACUCAAGGAGAAAAAUGCCUGUUUUAAUUGCCUGAAAAUCGGACAUUCGUGUAAGAAAUGUCGUGUCAAUAUCAAAUGUGCAUGGUGUGGUAAAAGGCACGUAAUUUUGAUGUGCACAGAGGUCACUCGCAAGGAAACUGUCGCGAAGGAAGCUGAGCAUAAUAAGGAAUCCACGGAAGAGAGUAACUUGGCAAGUAUCUCCGAAAAUCCACAAGUUUUUUUACAGACAUUACGCGUUAAACUGCGAAACAGUGACGCCGAACACAUUGUACGUGCUAUUAUUGAUACUGGUUCGCAAAGAUCGUACAUUCUGAAACAGACAGCUGAGAUGAUGGGUUAUGAACCGGUUGGUGAACAAUUAAUAACCCAUUCACUCUUUGGUGGCAUAAAAUCGGAUUCACAGAGGCAUCGACGUUACAUUGUUCAAUUGAGUAGCCUGGAUGGAAAAUAUGCUUGCAAUUUUAAAGCUCUCGAUCAAGAUGUCAUUUGUGAUAGUACCUAG